UUCUGAUUGGUCGCGGCUUAGAGCGAAGCGAGUAGGGGGGGGUGGGAGUUUUGUCUGCCUGCUUCCCGUUAUCGCGGAGGGUUAUGGGGCAGGCCCCGGGAAGUACGGAGCGGUGUGAGGCGCUGGGCGGUGGUGUGUCUCGGGGGUGAGUGUGUCUCUGUCAUAGUAACCUCCCCCCUUCCUCCAACGGCGGCUCACCACCUGCCAGGCCGGUACCCGCUCCCUGCACCCACUACUCCGCAACAAUGGCAGCCAGUGUUCAAUAAACAGCCCUGACUGAGGAGGCCAUGAUCCCUCCGCCGUCCCUCUACCCCAUUGUGGUGUCCUAUACCUUCUCCCCUCCCCCACACUGCUGUGUCCUGUCUAUGGAAGGUCUGCCGUUCUCGAAUUUGUCGAAGUGAAAGGAAAAGACCAGAGGUGAAGACUUUUUCUUUCCUGUUGCGAUGAAGUGCGUCAGCGAAUCAAGCCAUAUGAGAAGCAAUCGCAACGUCACAAAGUCGGUGUGACAAAGUGGUGAGAGGCGACUUACGGCCCCAUGACUCUAUAGAUAAGAAUAGCAGAGGGGAGGAUGUUACCUCACCACUGCCGGAGGAAUCCUGAGCUACAGGAGGAGCUGCGGAUACAGGCAGCUGUGGCUGCGGGAGACGUCCACACCGUACGUACUAUGCUGGAACAGGGCUACUCGCCCAAUGGUCGGGAUGCCAAUGGAUGGACUCUGCUUCACUUCUCAGCAGCACGUGGAAAAGAAAGAUGCGUGAGAGUAUUCCUAGAGCAUGGAGCGGAUCCUACAGUAAAGGACUUAAUAGGGGGCUUUACAGCGCUCCAUUAUGCCGCCAUGCAUGGAAGGGCUCGGAUUGCACGCCUAAUGUUGGAAUCAGAAUAUCGCAGUGACAUUAUUAAUGCCAAGAGCAAUGAUGGCUGGACACCGCUGCACGUGGCUGCCCACUACGGAAGAGAUUCUUUUGUCAGGUUACUGUUGGAGUUUAAAGCUGAGGUUGAUCCCCUUAGCGACAAGGGCACCACUCCCCUGCAGCUCGCCAUCAUCCGAGAGAGAUCCAGCUGCGUCAAAAUUCUCCUGGACCACAACGCCAACAUUGAUAUUCAAAACGGGUUUCUGCUACGCUAUGCUGUGAUCAAAAGUAACCAUUCGUAUUGUCGCAUGUUUUUGCAACGGGGGGCCGAUACGAACUUGGGGAGGCUGGAAGACGGGCAGACGCCUCUUCACCUUUCGGCUCUGCGGGAUGACGUCCUUUGCGCUCGUAUGUUGUACAAUUAUGGGGCCGACACGAACACUAGGAACUAUGAAGGGCAGACCCCUCUAGCUGUAUCACUCAGUAUCUCUGGAACUAGCCGACCUUGCCUGGAUUUCCUACAAGACGUACGAAGACAGCCCCGAUUCCUUCAAGAUUUGUGUCGGAUUAAAAUUCGCCACUGUAUAGGACUGCAGAACCUCAAGCUACUGGAUGAGCUCCCCAUUGCCAGGGUCAUGAAGGACUACUUAAAACACAAAUACGAUGACGUCUGAGUUGCGGGUGGGUGUGUCCCCCCCCCCCCCGCAGCAGAGACUUUGUUGCGUCAUUUCAGAUUUGAUUAUUCCAAAACUGAGGGUAGGCUGUUGUCUUGCACAAGUAUAUCCUAUGCAAUUUCUGAUGUGGGUUGGAGUCAGAAGGCAGGUAUACAUUUUUAUAUAUAUAUUUUUUUUUUUGUUUAAUAUUAUUUUCCCUGUUCUUUUUUUUAUUUUUAUUUUAUAUGGUGUGAUAGAAAGUCUUAACCUCUUAAGGUCCACACUUUCACUUGAAAAACAAAAAAAAAAAAGAGAGAAAAGAAAACACUUAACACUUUAUGAAACUUUCUUUGUUCUCAUACCCGACUCAGAGCAAACGUGGCCCCCCUCUCUUCAAACGUGGCCCUGUUACCCGCCUGCACCAAUGGCAGCCAUUGUAUGGAAGGAGCAGCUCAUCAGUUUUGCUAGGAGCACGCCUCCACGUCAUUACUGGUUCUUAGCGAUUUGCUGGGCUGCGUUUCGUCACUGCGUUUCAACCUAUAAAAAUGGCAGCCGGCGUUGUACGUAGAUCGCAGGGAACGCGUUACAAACCAAAUUUGUGGAUGAUUUUUUUGCUGUAAGGCAUGCACUGGUGAUAAGACGCAGGCUAAUCUAAUGUUAGCCAAUAGAAGAAAGGUUUGUGUACCUCUUUGAAAAUAUUUUUUAUGUCCGAAAAAGCACUGCUGAAGGACGAACCAAACUUUAGGUUAAACCUUGCUGUGGUUUUUUUUUUUUUUUUUUUUUUUCUUCGUUUGGAGACCUCAAAGUCAUUUGUGUAAAUGGUAAUCAGCCAGUUGGCUGAAAUUUGUUCUUUCAGAUAAUUUUUCUUUACAAAAUAAGCAGUUAAAAAAAAAAAUAGCCCCUCCCCCCCCUCCCGUGCACGAGGCUCUGCGGCUGGAGAACACAGGCUCACCAUCAAGACCCCCUAUUAAAGUGUUUGAUGGUGGACAGGGCUGGGUGGUGCACUUAGCGGUACUUUCAUUUAGGGGAGGAGUAUGCGCCCAGAGAUGAAUCUCCGGAAUGCAGACUGCAUGCGUUUUGGGCAUCGGACCCAGAUGCAUACUCCCCUAGGCAUAUAUACCAUCAGGGCUUUUUUUUCCCCCUCAAAGAACAGGAGAAGGCACGCCCCGCUUUCAGCUAACCCCUUGUCUCUGCCCCUACCCACCUUCAAGCACCGUCCCUGGGUACCACUCCCCACCUAUCUGUACCGUCUCUACAGAAUAUCAUUUUGUGUUUAGUAAUUUGUAUAGAAAUGUUAACAAGAAAAGUAAAAUAGAUUCCCUGCAGCCGGCAACAAUAUACCCCUUCCAACAAAAAUGUACCCCUUCCAACAACUAUAUACCCCAUCCAACAACAAUAUACCCCUUCCAACAACUAUACACCCCUUCCAACAACUAUAUACCCCUUCCAACAACAAUAUACCCCUUCCAACAACUAUACACCCCUUCCAACAACUAUACACCCCUUCCAACAACUAUACACCCCUUCCAACAACUAUACACCCCUUCCAACAACUAUACACCCCUUUCCAACAACUAUAUACCCCUUCCAACAACUAUAUACCCCUUCCAACAACAAUAUACCCCUUCCAACAACUAUAUACCCCUUCCAACAACAAUAUACCCCUUCCAACAACUAUAUACCCCUUCCAACAACUAUAUACCCCUUCCAACAACUAUAUACCCCUUCCAACAACUAUACACCCCUUCCAACAACUAUACACCCCUUCCAACAACUAUAUACCCCUUCCAACAAGAAUAUACCCCUUCCAACAACCAUAUACCCCUUCCAACAACCAUAUACCCCUUCCAACAACCAUAUACCCCUUCCAACAACAAUAUACCCCUUCCAACAACAAUAUACCCCUUCCAACAACUAUAUACCCCUUCCAACAACUAUAUACCCCUUCCAACAACAAUAUACCCCUUCCAACAACUAUACACCCCUUCCAACAACUAUACACCCCUUCCAACAACUAUAUACCCCUUCCAACAACUAUAUAUCCCUUCCAACAACAAUAUACCCCUUCCAACAACUAUAUACCCCUUCCAACAACUAUAUACCCCUUC